AUGUCGAACCCUCCAGAUGCCAAGAAGCUGAGGCAAGACGAAAGCCGUAAGCCUCGACCUUUUCAGAGGUAUGACUUUUACCAUGAACUUACUAUAGGGGUCGAAGAGGUGUUCAACCAAGUCAGACGAGGGAAUUUGUUAAGCCGACCCGAACCUAUGAGGUCGGACCCAAGCCGAAGGAACCAAAAUAAAUAUUGCAGGUUCCACGGUGACAUCGGCCAUAACACCAACGACUGUGCCGACUUUAAGGAUGAAAUAAAGUGGGUGAUCCGCGAAGGAAGGCUGCAGGAUUUCAAGGCAAAGAGGAGGCCAAUGAAUGACGGUCACGGAGGCCAGAACGACAGUCGAUGCCGAGAAGAGAAUCGACGGCCAGAGGACCGAGAACCCGUUAGCAUCAUAAGAACAGUCCCCGAUGGUCCGUAUGUCAGAGGAGACUCGAGAAGGUCCCAAAAGGAUUAUGCCUAUGAGGCCAGAAGGGUAUACCCGAAGAGAUUUUGGAAUCUCUCAACAGCAAAAAUAACAAAGUACAUCAGUGUUGAUGUGACAUUCAACGAAGAAGACGUAAAUGGGGUCCACUUCUCCCAUAAUGAUGCCUUGGUAGUAGAAGCGAUAAUCGGGAACCACACCGUAUGCAGAAUCCUGGUGGAUAACGGGAGCUCGGUGGGCCUCCUAUACGCUGAUUGCCUAGAAAAAAUAGGGGUCCCCAAAGAGCAAUUAGAAAAGACAUCCCGACCGUUAUACGGGUUCAUUGGGGAUUCUGUCAUCCCCCAGGGGACUAUCCGACUACCAAUAAACGCAGGGGAGAAGCCUAGGCACGCCACGACAAUGGCCAACUUCGUGGUAAUAAAGGGAGUUUCACAAUACAACGCCGUAAUUGGAAGGCUAACCCUUCAGGCGUUAAGGGCAAUAACCUCUAUUUACCACCAGAAGGUUAAAUUCUCAACUCCGAAUGACGUGGGUGAAAUGAAAAGCAAUCAAUACGAAGCUCGAGUCGCCUACUCCGAUGCCCUACGUGGUUACGAUCAACUAGGGAGGCAAGAAGCCAGAGUGAUCCAUCAAGGUGCCAUGGAGGACAUAGACCCCCGAGUUUAA